AUGUACGUGCUAGAGGAGCAAAGAUACAUUCACGAGGACCUGGAGCGGCUAGAACAAGGCAUCGCUGAUCGCGUCCGCGAGGAGCCAAAGCAUGUGAGUAAUUCCGUUUGUGAAACCAUUCGCCGAAUCAGACUGAUGCAGGUUGUUGAAAAGAUUCGCGAUCGCUUAAACCGAGACCAUGAAAUAGCCCAGCUUCUCGACCAGAUUCAAAAGCAGUCAAAAAACCUGUUGAACCUGUACAAGGACGAGAGCGGAGCCCGGGCAGCAGAACUCCAAGAACUAAACGCUGGCGAUCCCUUCGAUGCGUUCUACAAGCAACUCGGCGACAUUCGCGAACACCAUGCCAGAUACCCCAACGAGCAGGCGGAAAACUCGGAGCAAAGAUACAAUCAGAGGAGAGGCGACCCGUCCGCCCCUGUCGCAACGGUAGCAGACACAAUAUUCUCCGGGGAGGAAGCAUUCGGGCGGUUCUUCGACCUCAAUACAUGCUAUGAGUCAUUUCUAAAUCUCCCCAAUGUCAAGAGGCUCACAUAUUUGCAAUAUCUGGAGCACUUUGAUAAUUUCACUUCUGGCCAUGGCGGCGUCAAGCGAGGCGACAAGAUGACGGAUCAGUACUUCAACUAUGUUGGAGACCUGGCACAGUAUCUCGAAGAUUUCGCGCGAAAGACGCGUCCGCUGGAGAAUCCGGAUAACAUCCUCCUAGAAUUCGACGAAGAGUUUGGCACGCUUUGGGAGAAGGGUGAGGUUGCGGAAUGGGAGAUUGAACCAGCGACGUACAGCUCGAAGGCGGCUCUGACCAAUGCCGAGGCCAUCUGGUGCGAAGACUGUGAAAAGGAAUUCAAAAACGAAAAUGUAUACAAGAACCACCUGACUGGGCGAAAACAUAUCAAAGCAGCCGAGCAGCGUCAACAACGACAACAGGAUGCAGCUGUUGGAUCGGGAGAUUCAAAGUCAAUUGUCGUUUCAUCGACGAGGUUAAAGGAAAGGGCCAUUGCUGAGCGCGAGCAUCGCGUCAAGAAACUGGCCAGUCUAAUGAGUACGGAACGAAGCGACACUCGCGUUAACGUCGAGCGAAAGCAAGGCAUGACAAAACGGGAACGAGAGCAGGAACUCGAAAAUCUCCUCAACGCCUCCGAUGUGCCGCUAGAAGCCGCCGAAGACGGCGAAGGAGAGGACGACGACGAUGAAGACAAAAUUUACAACCCUCUCAAAGUUCCGUUAGGAUGGGACGGCAAGCCGAUCCCCUUUUGGCUUUACCGGCUGCACGGCCUGGGCGUGGAGUUUCCGUGCGAAAUCUGCGGCAACUACGUGUACAAGGGCCGACGAGCAUUCGAAAAGCACUUCAACGAGUCUCGUCAUAUAUACAACCUCAAGUGUCUGGGAAUUACGAAUCCGACAUUGUUUCGGGACAUCACCAAGAUGGACGAGGCAGUCAAGCUUUGGGAGAAGAUGCAGAAAGAAAAGAAGAAGUCGAAGCUGGACGAGGGUAGUGUCGUGCAAAUGGAGGAUGGCGAGGGUAAUGUCAUGCCCGAAAAGGUGUACUACGAUUUACAGAAGCAAGGGUUGUUGUAA